AUUGAUUUCCCCUGAGCUCAGUGUCUUCCUCUGUCGUCGAUUAUCCUGCCCUGUGCUAGUAGGUAGGGCCUUGCCUCCGCUUGGAGAGAAGUGCUCGUUUCGGAUCUCAUCCCGUUUAAUACCUGAAGGUCUACGUUACUGUUAGCCGCGAUGGCAGACGAAGAAUUAGAGGCGAUAAGGCGGCAGAGAAUGGCGGAGCUGCAGACGAAGCACGCGGAUGCUUCAAACAAUCAGCAGGGCGAAGAAGCUAAACAAAGAGAAACGGAGAUGAGGAACUCGAUAUUGGCUCAAGUCCUGGACCAAUCUGCUCGGGCUCGAUUAAGCAAUCUUGCGUUGGUGAAGCCAGAAAAGGCAAAUGCGGUCGAAAACUAUCUCAUUCAGAUGGCUCGAUUUGGAAAGCUAGGAGGAAAGAUUACUGAGUCGGGCUUAAUCGAGAUCUUAGAAAAAGUCAGUCAGCAAACGGAGAAAAAGACCACGGUUACUUUCAACAGACGGAGGGUGAUGGACUCAGACGACGAGGAUGAUUACUGAGUUUUUGACAGAAGCCCUGGAACGAGGCAGGAAAAUCCAGGAGGUGAUCUGCGUUGCCAGGACUCUGCAAGGACCUCUGACUUGCAUAUUCUAACAAAUUCCUGGGAUGCCACACAACCUUCUCUGUGUCCUUGGAACGGAGACACCAAAACUGAAGAACAAGGACGUUCGGUUAAUAUUUUGCUGUGUAGAGGGUGAUAAAAAAACAAAAACAAAAAAAACGUGUUCACAAAGGUUUUGUCUUCUCAUACGAGUUGCUACAAAUUUGUACAGCUUGUGUUGUUCUCAUGAUAGCUGGUGGCUCUGUUUAACUCCUCCACAGCAGCUCUUUUGUUCCCCCCUCCUCACGGUUAAAGUCAAUUUUGCAAACAUAAAAGGCAAGGUGGUAUUCUAUUUUUUUUUUUUUUUGAUUCAGAGUCAACUGGCUUUGAAAGUGGCUCUUACGUAGUUUCCUUGUUGCUGACUUGUUUUUCUAAAGUUUUCAUUAAAAACAAUUUUAAAAAGCCUUAAACCUUGCUUAUUAUCUUCCCUCAUACCCAUGGUUCAGUUUCCUUUAGUUAUGCAGAAGUUACAACCAUUAGGUUUUCAAGUUUGAAUUUAAGUUCUGAAGUCAACAGCAUGCCAAUGUAUCCAAAUGCUGUUAAAAAAAUAAUAAAAAACACAUGAAAAGAU